GUAAAUAAAAAUUGUAAAACCUAGGAAGAGAAGAAUAGUAUUUGGGGCAUUUUGCCAGAAAAUAACAGAGAAAAAAAAAGAGUAUUCUCGAAAGAUGAAGAUGAAGGAGCAAGUAGAAUCUUCACUAAGGGCAAAGCUUAACCCUUCUCAUCUGGAAGUUGUUGAUAUGUCUGGGGGAUGUGGUGCAAAAUUCUCGAUUGUCAUUGUGACAGAACAAUUUGAAGGCAAAAGAUUACUUGAGAGGCACAGAAUGGUUAACGGUGCACUGGCGGAGGAGAUGAAGGAAAUCCACGCUCUCUCCAUUACAAAAGCGCUCACUCCAGAGCAGUGGAAACAACAGCAGGAAUCUGAAAAGCCUCAAGCAGCUGCUUAAAUUAAUCAUAAUCGAAUCAGCUUUAUCGACGAAAUGCUUCUCUCUUCCCUAUAUCUAAUGAGGGGUUAACUGUGUUAUAGGUUAAGAAAACCGUCUGUCUAUCAUGUUUUGAUUGAACUUGCUGGAUUUGAGACACUGCGAUAACUUGUAACUAUUGAAUAAUGCAAUAGCUCUUGGAUUCAAUCAAUGGUUAUUGCUUAGUUGACAAGUGAUGACAUGUUUGUAACUAAUCGCGCCCGUUCAGCUUGUUAUGAGUUUAGAACAUUGCUGCUCAUGUGUUUUACCUAUA